GAUGAAAUCUGGAAGCAGCUGAAGCUGUCAGGCUUCAUGUCUCCAUCCUCCCCUGAGGGAGGACAAGAAGAUGAGUGUCACCAAUCAUCACUGCUUCAACAUCCUGACCAUCAUCUUCCUCGUUCUAUCUACUACAGCUCUCUCUGCUCACUUUCGGGUCUGUGAGCCUUACACUGACCACAAGGGGCGCUAUCACUUUGGUUUCCACUGUCCCCGUCUCUCGGACAACAAGACUUACAUGUUCUGCUGUCAUCAUAACAACACGGCCUUCAAGUACUGCUGCAACAACACCGAGUUUCAGACAGUCAUGCAGGUCAACCUGACCACGUCUCCAGACGGCUACUCUCACAACAAUUACUCUGCAUUAAUCGGAGUGUGGAUCUACGGUUUCUUCGUCAUGGUGCUGCUAGCACUCGAUUUUCUGUACUACUCAGCCAUGAACUAUGAGGUGUGUCGGGUUUACCUGGAGAAGUGCGGGUUGGGUGGCCGUUGGCUGAAACAGGCCCGCGGUCAGUGGCACGGCGAUGGACAGGAAGAGAGAGACGGACGACCCACUCAACCUGCUCAACCCGCAGCUCCAUCAGAACCUCAUGAACACAGCUGUAGUCAGAUCAGACACAGCCUGACGGGAGACACACAGAACCCCGCACAAACCACAUACAACACCACAACAGCCUGAGACUGACCAAAUGCAAGGACCAACUGCUGGAGUCCCCUGGUGAAAAAUUGCAUUGUGGGAAGCGUAGUACAUGCCCCUGCCACAUGGACCUAAAUGCCACAGGGGCCCGUUUGCCCCAAGCCUCUCGAUGUGAUCCACAUCUCACAGAGCACAACCUUCAACCCCUCGACAAACCCAGAACCUCAGCUCAGAGCCGACUGGAAGCGGUCCAGUGGUGGAACGAGAUUCUGAAGAGCGGCUGCACCGAGAUUUGUGCAUCUCCAGAACCAGACUUUGAACCGAACUGGACUUGGACAGACACAGAACUCACCCAGGACAUCUUUGGAGGACCUAUGUAGCCAUUUGUGCACCGUUUUGUGAGCUGCUCUGGAUUAAACUCUCUGUAACUGUGCAGCGUCGGUUUAUUUAUUCGUAGUCAGGGAAAAUAUUGAGUGAUGAAUGAAGACGUCAAACAUCAUUUAAAAGAUCCAAGCGCUCUCAUGACUCAAUACUAGAAGUUUAAUGACCUUUUUGCGGUAAAUAUCAAAACUCACACGUCGUGGGUGGUUUCGCGGUGAAGAUGUGAAAUGAAUAGUGCGGUGAAUGUCUGUUUUUGACUACUGUUGUGAUUUGACAUUUUCUCAUCUGUAAGAAUCAGUGAGGUAGCAAACUGUGCAUUUUUAAACCACCCCCCACAUUUUGUUUCAUGCCCUAUAGAGUUCAUUGUGUAUGUUUGUCAGGUUGUUUAGAGACCUGAAGUGGUUUUGUUCAGCUGUAUGCAGUCUAUUAUUGAUAUUGAUCGGUUGAGUUCGUUUAGACUUCAGUUUCUGAGUGAAACGCCAAAAUAAAAAUUGCACACUCCAUUGAACAUGACAAAGCAGACAGUCACACACUUACAGAAAGGUCAGCAAAAAGGAAACUUUUUAAAUGGCCUUGGUUGGCAUUGCUUUUGUAAGGAAGGCGUUACAAAUGUUUUGUUAUUUGAGCAUUCAGUGAACAUUCCAUUUUUAUAUAGGAAUGUUACUUUUCCAACUCUGUUUCUUGAAUGUUCUAAAACAAGCAGUAACAUUUAAAAAACAGAUACCCAGGAACUUUGGUAACAUUAUUAGAGACCAAGUAACUCUAAAUAACAAAUAUUCUAUUAUUAUUACUGGAAGAACAUUUGUUCAUAACUUGCCAGAAUGUUAGCCAAAAAUCUGAAAAUUUUCAUUCUUAGCUGGGUAUUAGCUUCUAAUGCCUGUUGAAAUUUAGCUUAAACUUGCCAAGUAGAACACGUUCCUUCAUUAAAAUGCUUGCUUGUUCUGGAAGCACAUUACUGUCAGCCAAUCAGAUUUCGGAUUCUAAACUUACAGCAUUUUAAUCAACCAAUCGUUUGUCUGUGAUUUUGGAUUGGUCAAUGAUUGUUUAAUCAGAAUGUUCCAAGACCAAAAAAAAAAUCUACUUGGCUAAUUUCCAGAUUUCAUCAAAAAUAGAACGCGUUCAAGAGUGCAACAUAACCUUACUUCACAUGCACUGAUAGAAGCAAGCUGAAUUCUAUAAACAAGCUCUUCAGUCUUGGAUUCUGCACCAAACUGGUUGCAGCGUGUUUUGAGCAAUAAGUUUAGAAUAUGUCUGUUGGUUAGAGCCCACGAUACAGUUUUUGGCAGACAGCAGUCCAAUUACACUCAUACAGCAGAACAGUGCCAUCGUGGCUGUGGCUUCACCAGCUUUGGAGUGAAGUAAUUGGUGGUUCAGAAAUGAGCUCAAGGUGGAGGUGAUCAGAUGAGAUUAUGAGAAGGAGAUGUGAUCUCUGGUUUCAGCAGGUGUGAGUUUAAUUAUGGUGUCAGUUGGCAGGAGGAUUGGCUGUGAUUCAUCAUCUAUUCUAGCAAAUAUGGAAACUCUGCUGAAGAUGUUUGGGCAUUGCUAGGCCUGCAUGAAAUCACUGCCCACAGAUUUCUGCAAAAUUCACUCAUUAUUUACAAAGCAUGCACCCCGGUGUGUUUGUUUACUAAAAAUGUUUGUUAAUCUGAGAAUGCUGUCAGCUCAGUUUGACAUACUUUCCAAAAUUAAAACCAUUCCACAAAAUUUUACUUUUUUCAUUUUCAAAAAUUCUGAAGAUUCUGUGUGGGUUUAGGCAUAGAUGACAUGUCCAGUUCAUGUUUCACCUCUAAAAUCAAAAGGAAUAAAUAAGAAAUCAUAUUUUUCACAAAGAAAAUUAAACAUAUUACUAAGACAAAUUCAGUUUUUCAACUGCUUUUGCAAUGCAUCUACAGUAACCCAUCAGUAAAUUUCGCUUUUGAGCUUUUACCAAUACAUUAUUCUAAUUGCAAUACAGUAUUUUUUUCUUAAGUACAUUAAUAAUAUUCAAUACAAUUUAAUAUGAAAAGCAGUACAAUAAA